GGGCUGCGGGCGCUGCUCCUGGCGCUGGUGGCCGCGGGGACCCCCGCGGGCGCCUACAACCUGGACCCGCAGCGCCCCGUGCGCUUCCAGGGCCCCGCCGGCUCCUUCUUCGGCUACGCGGUGCUGGAGCACUUCCACGACAACACGCGCUGGGUCCUGGUGGGCGCACCGAAGGCAGAGUCCAAGUACAGCACCUCGGUGAAGUCCCCCGGGGCUGUGUUUAAGUGCCGCGUCCACACCAACCCUGACCGGAGAUGCACCGAACUGGACAUGGCUCGAGGGAAGAAUCGGGGCAUGUCGUGCGGGAAGACCUGCCGGGAAGACAGGGACGACGAGUGGAUGGGGGUGAGCCUGGCGAGGCAGCCCGGGGCGGAUGGCCGCGUGCUGGCCUGUGCGCACCGCUGGAAGAACAUCUACUACGAAACAGACCACAUCCUGCCACACGGCUUCUGUUACCUCAUCCCGUCCAACCUGCAGGCCAGAGGCAGGACGCUGAUCCCCUGCUAUGAAGAGUACAAGAAGAAGUACGGAGAAGAACACGGCUCCUGCCAGGCUGGCAUAGCAGGCUUCUUCACCGAGGAGCUGGUGGUGAUGGGUGCGCCCGGGUCCUUUUAUUGGGCCGGGACGGUCAAAGUGCUGAACCUCACGGACAACACCUACUUCAAGCUGAGCGACGAGGGGAUCAUGAACAGACGGUACACCUACCUGGGCUACGCGGUGACGGCCGGCUCCUUCUCUCGCCCGUCCACCACCGACGUGGUGGGAGGCGCCCCGCAGGACGACGGCAUCGGGAAGGUUUAUAUUUUUAGAGCUGAUCGAAGAUCAGGCACCUUAAUUAAGAUCUUUCAGGCAUCAGGUAAAAAGAUGGGCUCUUACUUCGGCUCCUCCUUAUGUGCAGUUGACCUGAACGCGGACGGCCUCUCUGACCUGCUGGUGGGGGCCCCCAUGUUCUCUGAGGUCAGGGAUGAGGGGCAGGUCACCGUUUACAUCAACAGAGGAAACGGAGCCCUCGAGGAGCAGCUGGCCCUCAGCGGUGAUGGCGCCUACAACGCACACUUUGGGGAGAGCAUCGCCAGCCUGGGCGACCUUGAUGAUGACGGGUUCCCGGAUGUGGCCAUCGGCGCCCCGAAAGAGGACGACUUCUCGGGGGCCGUCUACAUCUACCACGGCGACGACGGCGGGAUCGUCCCUCAGUACUCGAUGAAACUGUCCGGACGGAAGAUAAGUCCGGUUCUGCGGAUGUUUGGUCAGUCCAUAUCAGGCGGCGUUGAUAUGGAUGGAAACGGUUAUCCUGAUGUGACCGUUGGAGCCUUCAUGUCCGACAGUGUAGUUCUUCUCAGGGCGAGACCCGUCAUCACGGUAGACGUCUCCAUCUUCCUCCCGGCCUCCAUCAACAUCACGGCGCCUCAGUGUCACGACGGGCUGCAGCCUGUGAACUGCCUGAACGUCACGGCCUGCUUCAGCUUCCACGGCAAGCACGUCCCAGGAGAGGCCGGCCUCAAUUACGUUCUGACGGCUGAUGUGGCCAGAAAGGCAAAGGGCCAGUUGCCCAGGGUCUACUUUGUGUUGCUUGGGGAGUCCGUGGCUCAGGUCACAGAGAAGCUGCAGCUGGUCCACAAGGAGGAGACGUGUCACCACUACGUGGCCCAUGUGAAGCGGAGAGUUCCGGAUGUCAUCAGUCCCAUCGUGUUUGAAGCUGCCUACAGCCUGGGGGAGCAUGUGACCAGAGGGCAGGCCCGGGAACUGCCGGCUCUGACACCAGUGCUCCGCUGGAAGAGGGGACAGAAGAUUGCCCAAAAGAAUCAGACGGUCUUUGAAAGGAACUGCCGUUCGGAGGACUGUGCAGCCGACCUGCAGCUCUGGGGCCAGCUGUUGCUCUCCAGCACUGAUGAGAAAACCCCGUAUCUAGCUUUGGGAGCUGUGAAGAAUAUCUCCCUAAACAUCUCCAUCGCCAACCUUGGGGACGACGCCUAUGACGCCAAUGUGUCCUUCAACGUUUCCCGGGAGCUCUUCUUCAUCAACAUGUGGCAGAAGGAGGACAUGGGCAUUUCCUGUGAACUGCUGGAAUCAGACUUCCUCAAGUGCAGUGUGGGAUUUCCUUUCAUGAGGUCCAAGUCCAAGUAUGACUUCAGCAUGAUCUUUGACACCAGCCACCUGUCUGGGGAAGAGGAAGUUCUUAGCUUCAUCGUCACUGCUCAGAGCGGCAACGUGGAGCGCUCCGAGUCCCUGCACGACAACACGCUCAUGCUGACGGUGCCGCUGAUGCACGAAGUGGACACGUCCAUCACCGGAGUCAUGUCUCCGACAUCCUUUGUGUACGGCGAGUCCGUGGAUGCGUCCAACUUCAUUCAGCUGGAUGACAUGGAGUGUCACUUUCAGCCCCUCAACAUCACCCUGCAGGUCUAUAACGCCGGGCCGAGCACCCUCCCCGCGUCCUCCGUCAGCAUCGCCUUCCCCAGCCGACUGUCAGCUGGAGGUGCCGAGAUGUUUCACGCCCAGGAGAUGACGGUGGGCCAAGAGAAGGGAAACUGUUCUUUCCCAAAAAACCCAACGCCCUGCGUCAUCCCUCAAGAGCAAGAAAAUAUCUUCCAUACGAUAUUUGCCUUUUUCACGAAGUCUGGAAGAAAAGUCUUGGACUGUGAAAAGCCGGGAACUUCUUGCCUAACCAUGCACUGUAACCUCAGCGCGCUUGCUAAAGAGGAAAGUCGUACUAUAGACAUCUACCUGCUGCUGAACACAGAAAUACUGAAGAAGGACAGUUCGUCUGUCAUCCAGUUCAUGACCCGUGCCAAGGUCAAGGUGGACGCCGCCCUGAGGGUGGUGGAGAUAGCCAGCGGGAACCCGGAAGAGAUGAUGGUGGUCUUCGAAGCGUUGCACAGCCUGGAGCCCCGCGGCUACGUCGUCGGGUGGAUCAUCGCCAUUAGCUUGCUGGUGGGAGUCCUCAUCUUCCUGCUGCUGGCUGUCCUGCUGUGGAAGAUGGGCUUCUUUCGCCGAAGGUACAAAGAGAUUAUUGAGGCUGAGAAAAACCGGAAGGAGAGCGAAGACCGUUGGGACUGGGCCCAGAAAAACCAGUGACCGGCCGCACCAGUGACGCGCCCCCGCCAACCGCCUGGCGUCCCUGAUCUCUGUAUCUUCCAUAUUUGGAAGAAAGAAUCUUCUCCAGAUUUUUCGGAGGCCCCACUGAUGCUGUUCUCUUCCUCGUCUUGUCAAGCCCGGGAGCCGCCGUGAGGCAGCGCCCUGGCCAGGUCCCGCGACCGCGGCUGCCACCACCUGUUUCUUCUGAAAGAUGAGCUCCGAACUUCAGAGAGCGAGCCACAGAGCCGGGCGGUGUGUAUGGAUGUGACGUGCGUGGCCAACCCUCAGGGGAACACUUACCUGAAAGUAUUUUUAUAAAUAUAAGCCUUUUAUACUGACUAUGUCUUUAUAUUUGUAUCGAUGUUUUAUUAUUUCUAUUAAAUAGUUCUAUAAUUCACUCAAGCACUGAUAUCUGGGCUGAAACCUUGGAAAUACACGUGCAUUCAUGCAAAUUUUUAAUCGGAUCGUACUAUGGACCUUGCUGUUAAGAGAGACUUGCGGAUAAAAUGAUACGAAGAAACCUCGUGUGGUGACUCCACGGGCGGGCGCGGCACGGGUGCUGGUGGUGGCGAGGCCCCAAGACGAAUCGCAGCUUUGUUUCCCGGAGUCAAGUUUGAAGUAAUGGGCUGAAGAACUGGCAGUGGUUUUUCAUACGUACCUUGCAUUGGAAGAUUUCCAACAGGAAUGUGGAUGGAGAAGCCGGACCCUAGCGCGAGUCUGCUCCGCAUCAUCUGCACAGCAGACCUCACCCCGUCCUCCCGCUCGGAACAAUGGAAGAGAGCUUGGAGCGAGGCCGUGGGGUCAUCUGGGAAACCUCAGCAUGGCGUCCCGUCCCAGACACCGUGCAUCAGAGGCCACUCAGCACACGGACGAAAUCCGUGCUCACCGCGCAGACUUCUGUCUGAAUGCUGCAGUGUGCUGACUUUUCUCGGUAACAGAGUUCGGAGGCCUCCACUUCCCCUCCCACUCUUGCUGUCCCAGCUGAUGGCGAGGGCAGAUUCCUUCCCAGAGAUGACCGUUCAGCCUGUUCUUAGUUUGUAAAAUAGCGUUUCCCGAAAGCAGGCUCCAGUACAAGCUCUGCAUCAAGGAGCUGAGUCGGGUAGUGUUCUGCUCCUGGGAGGCCGUGGUGAGCGGGUGAGGGAUGCAGGCAGGGAAGGGGAGGAAGCCAGGCGAGGGCGCCACUUCAGAGGCCGCCCCGCGGAGGGUGGCUGUGGCCUGGUCCCACAGGGAGCUCCGGAGGACAAGUUGUGUGUCAGAGCUGAGCUUCCAUCGCCCAGGAGAGCGAUGAGUGUCCGGCUCUCGGUUCCUGCGGGCAGAAUGGCUCCAGCAGCCCGGAGGCCGCCCCUGCGGGAGAGCCGCAGAUGCACCCCCGGCCGGGAACCAUCCAGAAGUGAUGGGAGAAGACGGCGCUGGGAUCCAGGCGCCGGGCCAGCGUCCUCCGCGCCCCUGCACGUGUGAAUGCUGAGCUGUGGCCUUCAGCUCCGGGCUCCCUGUUUGCCAGGUUUAUUAGCAGACGCGCACAGUUUUGAGUGCAACGUGUCGGUCUGAAAGGGCAAUGAGAUGAGGCGUGUAGCGUGCCCAGCACAGCGCCUGGACCGCGGCGAACAGUAGGAACCGCCACAGCCCUGGCUGGUGUCGCCACAGACCUUCUGAGGAGAGAAAAAGCAUGUGGCUAAGAACAGGGUCUGACAAAGAGUCCUUACUGGCUAAGUAGAGCCCGCGCAAGCCCCAGGUGCAUAAAAGAUGGUAGCAAAUGGGAAUGGAACAGGAGACAAGGUGAGGGGCCUUGUAGGGCCUUGUUUACUGGAAGCUCACAUGUUGGGGGAGGGGGUCUGUGAACAUUGUUGCAAGGACAGAGCUCAGCCUCAGAGGAAACAGGUUUUUCUAAGCACGUAGGUGGCCACUACUUGGAAAGAUACCCAGCGUUUGGGCCACAUCGUGAGGAUGCCAGACAGCUGGGCUCCGGCGCGGAGCGGAAGUGCCCUCUCGUUUCUGGUGUAUGCAGGUGACUCUGCUGCAGGAGAACAGUGAAUGGAUCGCGUGUCGCUGCCUGGUGGCCGUGGGACGAGGUGACGGAGCCAGAGGGUGGAUGGCAUGAACCGGGCGGAUCUUAGAACGAAGGCAGGGAUCGUGCUUCUAACAGGGACAGAGGCACAGGGGCAGCCGCUGGGCAGACGCGGUCGGAGAGACCGGCUCGCAGAGUCUGACCAGAGCAAUCAGGGCAGUUUUGAGGGGUCCUCGUCCCGCGUUGAAAGGACGCUCAAGCGGUGCGUCAGGAGCUGGACCCCGGGACACGGCAGCGUGUUCUGCCUGGAGAGCCGGGCCGUCCUGCGGGAGGCGUACAGGGGGUCCCCUUUGGGAGACCCCACGGGCAGCCGUCCCUCGACAGACUCCUGCUCUUAGCAUCGUGCUGUCCUUUCCAUACACCAUUCGCGCUUGGGAGGUGCUAAACACAUGCAUUUAUAGCCCUGCCCGGCCGCCUGCGGGGGUGCAGACGCACCGGUGACGGCGUAAGGCCGGCUGUGUCCCGGGGGCGGCCUCCGAGCCGGGCCCUGCUGGCCUCUGCUGGCCCUGAGCAGUAGACCCACACAGACUCAGGAGACCGCCGAAACCUCGUGAGGCAGUUCUGUCCUCUUCGGUCUGGUUCUUGGCCUUGGCCUCACCAGGAGCAUGUGCUGGCAGCCGCCCUGGGGAGGGGAGAGGGGAGGGGGAAGGCAGGCGCCUCUGCGCGUCUGAUGGGGCCGAGGCGCAGGGGGUUAGCCGCCGGAAGUUAGCCGUCCAGCCCGGGGGCCACGAAGCCAAGCCCACUGUGCGCCCUCUCCCAGCCGGCACUGUGCCGGCUCCACCCCGGCUCAGACACUCGGUGGGCUCUCGGGGGGGCAGGCAGUGAAUGGCACUGUGUCACUUCUCCAGAAUAUUCUUGGAAAGUCCACAGUGCGUUCCGGUUUGGAACCUUCCUGCUUCUCUGGGUUCAGUGUGGACUCCGAUCAGAUAGUCUUCCACAGCGUUCGUUCGGUCUGCUUCAGCUGUCAGCGAUGUGCUCAGUGUGGUUUUAACUGACACAAAGAUAGAGGCACUUUAAUAUGAUAAAGGACCUCUGUAAAACGUGAGGAAAAUAAUGCCCUUUUGAAGAAUGACUGACUGAUGCUCCAUCGACAUGGGACUCCGAGUCGGGAGUGCCCGCAGAGGGAGCCCCGGACCUGUGGCCGACGAGGCCCCGAGGCUGAGGAAGGAGCAGGUCCCAGGACGGGAGGGGCUCGCUGGCUUCGCGGUGGCCGACAGGCACACAGCAGGGCUCCGCGGCUCGGCCAGCUCGUCACUCCAUCAGCGUCACCAGGACGGUGCUGAAGGUGGGGACUGUUGUAGAAAAUCCGCUAGAACGUCCCCUGUCACCAGGUCACACGUAGCCUCCAGUCUUUGAGCCAAAGGCAGGGGAGGGAAGAGCAAACAGAAAACCGCAGGCCUCCCAAGAAUAUGUGGGACCCGUUUUCCACGCAGAAGUAUGGUAGAUCCCCCAGGGACACGUGUGCGGUCCCCAGCAGAGUCGCUUUCUAAAGGCUAUUCUGCUGCUGUUAUUUUGGGAAAGACGUCACGGCCACAGGGGAAUGCAGUCACACGCAGGUUACAUAUGAAAGGUGCGUCUGGUGAAACCCACCUGCACUGACCCAGACUUCCAGAAAUUUAGAGGCGGCGCAAAGGAUUGUCAUGUCGGGGAGGUGGCCCUUCAGCCAACAAAAGGCAGAAAGUGAGUGUCAUUCCAGAGGUGCCCCAGUGUGCGGGGUUUAAGCAAUGUGUUCUGCCAAAUGGAGCAACGGUAUACACAGUGGGUGACAUUCUCUGAACAAAGAAUGGCUGAGGGGAGGAUGCAGAGCCACUAGGGCCAAGAUGAGCCUUCUAGAAUGUCUUCUGAUGUUCAGCACAUUGGGGGAAUAAUGAGCAAAUUUCCCCCAGGGUGCAAUGCUUCAUAGCACAAUGGUCUAGGUUUCAGACUUUGUUAAGUUUUUUGUUCUGAUAUGCACGGUGUGACGGGCAGAGUGAGUUAAAAGCCUUAGGAGUGAUUACUUGCAUGGCAGACGCCCACGCUGACUCCACUUCCAGAGCGUGACUGAUGCCUCCACGCACGCUGCCGUUGAGGAAUUUUGGUAGGAGCGGUGUUCCUCCUCACAAAGUCAUUAAGAGUGUAUUAAAGCCUGUGCGGUCACUUCUGAUUCACUUGCACUGUUAGGAGAAUGCAGGUUUACAAAAGUACACGUUUGGAAUAAAAAAUGGCUGCAAAUGA